GUAACGUCUGCAUCAUUUCAGGGAAACAUGAGUCACUUGCAGUUCAGUGGUUCAUGUGAUUCAAGUGACCCGUGGUCGCCGUUCUCGUCUCGGUCGUUUGUCUUCGUCAGUCGACGUCCUUCAGCGGGUUGAGUCUUUGUCGUAUGCUGUUGACGAGGCGCUUCAUCGGAAGAAUGUCUGCAUCUCUCGGCCGUCACAUCAUUUGGGAGUCCGAGGGCCUGGUGGCCUACCUCCACCCCCGACCCUGGACCCCCGGUUCAGUCGUGCUGGAGAGCAAGGCCCCGGGAAAGUGCGGAGGAAGCAUCUUCCACCUGGAGGAGCCGGAGUAUUUGUCCUGGCUGUUGGGGGCGAGGGCCGUUUCGGAGCUGCUGUGCGACAAGCUGGAUGUUCGGAGAUGUGCCAUGGUGGCCCGGCCUCACCAGGAUGGACCGGCCCAGAUCCGCCUGCUGCCGCUGCACGGCCUGGAGGCGCAGUGGUGCCCCCACCUGUCGGGAGGCGAUGAGCACAACGCCCACGACCCAGGAUACUGCACCUCCAAAAAUGCCGCCCGGUGGGACGACUCCUGCCUGUCCGACAUCCAGUCCAGAAUCCGAGCUAAGCUUCCGAACCCUGACGCUGAGCCCAACUUGACCUUCCUGGGAGACGACCCGUCUCACCCCGGGCUCUUCCCCCGCAUCGUGCGGGGUGAGGAGCAACAGUGGCGCCUGUGGGAGGACCACAAGCACGUGUCCUUCCUCACACCGUUUCCAAACUCACCUGGGUUUACCGUUCUGAUCCCACGGCGGCCGAUGACGUCCGAUAUAUUCCGGCUGGAACAAGAGGAUUACGAAGGGCUGGUGCUGGCCGCUCGGAAGGUUUCCCACCUGCUGGAGGAGGCGCUGGGAGCCUGGGGCGUGGGCCUGAUAUUCGAGGGGUUUGAGAUCGACUACGCUCACGCUAAGCUAAUACCACUGCUGCGACCGGCAUCGGGAGUGGAGGGCAUUUCCUGCGCUAAAACGUCGCCGCAGUUUUACGACAAGUACCCGGGAUAUGUUACGUCAGAGGACGGGCCUGAGGCCAGUCCAGAGUGCUUGGCGGCGGUGCACGCGAAAAUAACACAAAAGUAAAGGACUGAAAGUCGUGUUGUUGCUAACUGCUAAUGGAUUAGACUGAUAGGUUUUUAUAAUAGGAAUUCAAAUGAUAACGAUAGUUCUCAAUGUACGAUUUACAUUCCAAUAAUAAUAACCCUUUCCCAGUCCAGCCCUAUUGGUGGACUCAAGUCCGAGGCCAAAGCCCAAUUGGCUUGUGUUCACAUGUCAGAUUUUCAAGCCAAACAGACUUUGACUGAAGUGUGACGCGCCUUAAAGCAACAAUGCGUAAUAUUUAGACAUAAAUAAAAUAAUAAAUAUAAGCUGGACAGUGUUGUGUGUAUUGCCAUCUGUGAUCACAUUUUUCGCUGUUUUGCCACGGUCUUUCCCCAUAAACAAACUUGGGAUGGGGGCGGGACCGGAGACCCAACUUUACGAUAGCCUGUAAUUACGCUCAUUUACCUGUGGUGCCGCCAAAAGCAAAUGUUCUCAUCUAAGAUACAGCGGCUUUAAGUGUUCAAGGACAAACUAUGGACGGAAAUUCUUCCCUCACUGUAACAAAAGGUGUUGGAAGUGGGAUUUGUGUAGAACCUGGCAAAGAGGUAGGGUUUUACAAAGAGACAUGAGACAUGCAGAGACAUUCUGAAAUGAAAAUGUUUUGGUGUUUUGCGAAAAACUAACAAACCAUUUUCCCCACAUGGGCUAAAGAUGAAAUCCGGGGCGUCAGGUAUUGACACUGUGGGGCUUCUUGGCGAAUGUGCUCCAGCACCCUCGGAUGUCGGCGCGCUCCAUCUUGGUGAUGUAGAGGAGCGGCUCGAUGCUGCAGCUCAGGUCCAUGAUGGCGAAGACGCUGGUGCGGAUGUGACAGAAGAAGACCAUGAAGGAGUAGUAGGGUGCGAAGGGCAUGAGCGCCACCGGGGGGAGGUAGUUGACCACGAUGAUGCCCAAGAUGAUCAGCACCAUCCGGAAAGCCUUCUUCUUCACCGGGUGCAUGGUCUCCUUGCCCGUCACCGAGCGGCGCAGCACCCAGAUGAUGGAGAUGUUGCAGAAGAUCAUGACGACGAAGGAGAAGAGGAUGACCCCGCUGAAGACCUCGUUGACGAUGACCACGCCCAGGACGCUCUUGGUGAGGCCGUACGCCAGGAUGAGGCACCAGACCAGCGCCGACACGCAGAUGCGCACCCUGUUGUCCCGGAUGGCCGUGAAGAGCACGGGGUGGACCACGGCCAUGUACCGGUCCAGACAGAUGCAGACCUGAGGCGGUGGACCCAGUUUAAUGUUGUGGCGUCCAUAUUGGAAAAUAAUUCGCAAACAAGAGACCAUGAAGGUUUACAUGCAUCGGUUUCAUUUCUUUUGCUGCUGCCUUUAUUGUGAAAAUCAUUUUUUUAAUUUGUUACCCUUUUUUGUGACUAAAAAAAAAUGUAACUAAAAAAAUAUUGUAAAAAAAAAAAUGGUGUAAAAUAGAAAAUAGAGGAUUAAUUUCCAUUAUAUAUUCAAUUAUAUAUAUGUAAAAUUCCAUGUUAAAAAUAAUAAUUCAGAUUUUUUUUCCUUUGAUAAA